AUGCCAAAAUCGUCGACAAUAGACCAAAAAGGCGACUUCAUGAACUUGAAGUUCCGAUCAAGGAUGAGGACAAGCCCAUCUUUGCACUCCCCAUGCGCCAACGAAGACAACUCGGUUCAAAGAUUAAAGUCGAAAUCGCUCAGCAGGAUGCCGGCGCCACGUAUCUUUGGACAUGGAAUGAUGACGAAAGAAGAGAAGAUCGCUAGCUGUUACGCCGAUUGUGGAAAUGUCCCUAAGGACUUCUGGGGCCAGUGUGAUCCCGCCACAGAUCCGGCUCUCAACGGCAACUCUGUAGCAUCGCUUUUGAACGCUCCGACUGCCACUGGAAGCAUGCCGCUUGUCAUGGGAUUGAACUUCCAGCCACCACUGCCGUCAAUCUCCAAAGAUUCGAUGCCCUAA